AUGCUGUUCCACUGCCACCCUGUCUGCUCCAGCACCUCCUCCACCCCCUCCAGCUCCUAUGCCUCCUCCAUCUGUCCCAGCUCCACCCCCUCCAGCUCCUAUUCCUCCUCCAUCUGUCCCAGCUCCACCCCCUCCAGCUCCUAUGCCUCCUCCAUCUGUCCCAGCUCCACCCCCUCCUGCUCCUAUGCCUCCUCCAUCUGUCCCAGCUCCCCCCCUCCUGCUCCUAUGCCUCCCCCAUCUUUUCCAGCUCCUUCUCCUCCUCUUUCUCCAUCUAUUUCUGCCCCGCCCCCCACACCAUCUAGAGCUCUGCCGCAUCUGGAUGAUGUAUCAUCUCAAGUUCCACCUGGCUCACCCAUGUCUGUCAAUACUCCAGUUAAUCAUGUACCUCCAACAUCAAUGUCUCCACCCCCUGAGCUAUUAGUACAGCAAACAUUGUCUCCACCUACUAUCGAGUUGUCCUCCACCCCCUUCUUCACCAGAGAGGAGGGGUACUGGUGUCCAGAUGAGACGAAAAGGAACUAUAGUGGAAAAGAAAAUGGAGCUGAAGAUAAAGAUCUUGAUGAUUUGUUGGCCGAUUUGUGUAAAUUUGAAGAAGACACUUUGGCUCAAUUGAUAGCCACUAGUAGUACAGACCUUGAUGAUACAGCUGCUACAUCCUACAAAAGUGAUGAAAGGCACCCAUCUAACAAGGAUACAACAUCCAGUGAUGAUUUUGUCAAACAUAUGAUGAGUUUACAAGAUACUACACAAUUUGUCGUGGACCCAUCAAAAGCUUUGACAGCUGUUCAAUAUAAACCUCCAGAAAAGAGAGAAAGAGCAGGUCGGGCACCUACUCCAACAGUGAAACACACUCAGACGCAGAACAAGUACCAGAAAUACUCUGGCAACUGGUUUAGUUUGAACCGCCUUCACCUUCUCAUGCUAGUCGAGACCUUGUACGUGUUAUAG